AUGGAGCCGGGACCGCACCGGACCGGGACUGGCACCGGGCCGGGACUGCGGGACCGGGACUGCGGGACCGGGACUGGCACCGGGCCGGGGUCACCUGAGGCACCGGGACCGGCGCCAACAGCGGGCACCGGCACUGCGGCACCGGGACCGGACCGGGACCGAACCGGGACUGACUGCGGCACCGGGAUAGAACCGGACCGGAACCGGACACCGGCACUGCGGCACCGGGACCGGGCCGGGACCGACUGCGGCACCGGGAUAGAACCGGACCGGAACCGGACACCGGCACUGCGGCACCGGGACCGGGCCGGGACCGAACCGGGACUGACUGCGACCCAGAAUCACCUCCGGGACCCCCCAGCCCCAUUUUGGGGUCCCCCAUUCACAGCCCCAUUCCUGAAACCCCCAGCCCCAUUUUGGGGCGACCCCAGACCCAGAAUCGUGUCCGGAACCCCCAAUUUUGGGGUCCCCAGAGCCCUGACCGGGACCCCCCAGCCCCAUUUUGGGGGUCCCCAGCCCCAAUUUGGGGGGACCCCAGACCCAAAGCCAUGUCCGGGACCCCCAACACGGCCGGGGGGGACCCCCAAAGUCAGAAACACAACAGGGACCCCCAGACCCAAUUUGGGGGUCCCCCAGACCCAGCCCCAUUCCCGAAACCCCCAGCCCCAUUUUGGGGCGACCCCAGACCCACAAACCCCAACACCACUUUGGGGUCCCCAAAGCCCUGACCGGGACCCCAGCCCCAUUUUGGGGAGACCCCAGCCCCAAUUUGGGGACCCCCAUUCCCAGCACCAUUCCCGAACCCCCAGACCAAAUUUGGGGCGACCCCAGACCCAGAAUCGUGUCCGAGACCCCCAGACCCAAUUUGGGGGUCCCCAUCCCCAUUUUGGGGUCCUCCAAACCCCCAGACCCAUUUUGGGGUCCCCCAUUUCCAGUUCCAUUCCUGGGACCCCCCCAGCCGCGCUCUGGGCACCCCAAAACGAGACCCCAGACCCGUUUUGGGGGACCCCCAAAACUCGCAGCCCCCAUAGGGACCCGGGGCAGGGAUUUGGGGUUCCGGGUGGGAAUUUGGGGUUUUUGGGUGCGGAUUUGGGGUUUCUGGGUCCGGAUUUGGAGUUUCUGGGUGGGAAUUUGAGAUUUUUGGGUGCGGAUUUGGGGUUUCUGGGUGCGGAUUUGGGGUUUUUGGGUGCAGAUUUGGGGUUCCCAGGUGCGGAUUUCGGUCCGGAUUUGGGGUUUUUGGGUCGGGAUUUGGGGUUUUUGGGUGCGGAUUUGGGGUUUCCAGGUGGGAAUUUGGGGGUUUUGGGUGCGGAUUUGGGGUUUCCAGGUGCGGAUUUGGGGUUCUCAGGUGGGAAUUUGAGAUUUUUGGGUGCGGAUUUGGGAAUUCUGGGUGCGGAUUUGGGGUUUCUGGGUGCGGAUUUGGGGUUUUUGGGUGCGGAUUUGGGGUUCCCAGGUGGGAAUUUGGGGGUUUUGGGUGCGGAUUUGGGGUUUCCAGGUGCGGAUUUGGGGUUCUCAGGUGGGAAUUUGAGAUUUUUGGGUGCGGAUUUGGGAAUUCUGGGUGCGGAUUUGGGGUUUCUGGGUGCGGAUUUGGGGUUUUUGGUGCGGAUUUGGGCUUCCCAGGUGGGAAUUUGGGGGUUUUGGGUGCGGAUUUGGGGUUUCUGGGUGCGGAUUUGGGGUUUUUGGGUGCGGAUUUGGGCUUCCCAGGUGCGCAUUUCGGUCCGGAUUUGGGGUUUUUGGGUCGGGAUUUGGGGUUUUUGGGUGGGAAUUUGGGGUUCCCAGGUGGGAAUUUGGGGGUUUUGGGUGCGGAUUUGGGGUUUUUGGGUGCGGAUUUGGGGUUCUCAGGUGGGAAUUUGAGAUUUUUGGGUGCGGAUUUGGGGAUUCUGGGUGCGGAUUUGGGUUUUUGGGUGCGGAUUUGGGGUUCCCAGGUGCGGAUUUCGGUCCGGAUUUGGGGUUUUUGGUUGCAGAUUUGGGGUUUUUGGGUGCGGAUUUAGGGUUCCCAGGUGGGAAUUUGGGGGUUUUGGGUGCGGAUUUGGGUUUCCAGGUGCGGAUUUGGGGUUCUCAGGUGGGAAUUUGGGGUUCCUUGUUGGGAUUUGGGGUUCCCAUGUGCGGAUUUGGGGUUUCCGGGUGCGGAUUUGGGGUUUUUGGGUGCAGAUUUGGGUUUGCAGGUGCGCAUUUGGGGUUUUGGGUCCAGAUUUGGGGGUUUUGGGUCCGGAUUUGGGGUUCCCAGGUGGGAAUUUGGGGUAGCAGGUGCAGAUUUGGGGUUUCUGGGUGGGAAUUUGGGGUUUCCGGGUGCGGAU